CCCCCCUUGAACUAUACCCCCUUAACCAAAUUGCCCCUGUGGUCGAGUGGCUAACGCAUGUGUCCACCAUCCGCCAACGCUCAGACGUUGCGCCGGAGCGGAUCGCGUCACUAGGCCUCUGGUAUCCUGGGGCCGAUCUUCGGAGGAGCUUGCUUGAUAUACCUCUCGGUGCACCAUCCCGGGCUGUUGGGCAAUUUGGUUCUUUUUUCAAUGUACUUUUCUAAUGACUUGUUGCCUUGUUCUUUGAAGUUGAACGUCAAGAGUUGGGGUUUGAAAUUGAAGGUAUUCCCAGAAUGUGAGGGCGCCGGCGAGGUCCAAGCCUGGGACAGCCGGCGUUCGAACCCGAGGUCGCGCUAAUCUGUGACUCUUCAUUCUUUUGGCAAUCUCUUUAUAAAAAGGCUGACUUAAAUAGAAAUUUGAUAUUUGCAAUUUUGAGGGCGAUAGUGUACUCCGUACUUCGCCAUGUAUACUUGGGGUGGAUUCAGGAUUGGCUGCGUGGACCCGCAGCAGCCUAAUCCCCCCCCCCCAUCAUUCCCCGCCUCUCAUGGAAACUCUCCCCUUCACUCAAUUCACGAACACCUUCCAAUAUGCCUCCCUCGGCGCAGACGACCCGAUUAGUCUCCACUCUACGGCUCCUCAUCCCCCGCCUCCGCCUUCUUCAGAAGAAAGACACCGCAUCUUCCGUCGUCCAACGCCGCGAGCUCUCCCAGCUUCUGAGCGAGAACCGCGAGGCCUCUGCCCGCAUCCGAGUCGAAAAUGUGAUCGCGACAGAUAUCGCCGUCGAGGUGAUGGAGAUGGUCGAACUAUACUGCGAAUUACUAUUGGCGCGCGCAAAUGUGCUGGAUCAACUAGCCUUUGGCGAGAAAGGAACGCGCGCGCGGCUGCGCGCCAAGGAAUUGCUCAAGAAGCAGACUCUAGCGCAAUCUGGCGAGAAAGCAUCGGUCACUGCUGCGCCCGAGUCCUCCGGUUCUCGCUUUGGGUUCUCAUGGUUGGGAGGAUCGCAGAAGAAAGAGGCGAAUGCGGUUGCUGCCACUAGUCCCUUGGAGGCCGCCGGGGAGCUUUCGGAGGAAGAGAAUGCAUACAUGGAUACCGCGCUGGAUGAGGCUGCGGUUGCGGUCUUUUAUGCUUGGCAUCGGUUCCCGCAUGAAUUGCGCGAGCUCACCAUGCUCCGCACCAUGCUUGGUGAGCGGUACGGCAAGGAGUUCAUGACCUUGGCGCAGGACAACAAGGUGGAUACGGUGAAGGUGCCAGAUCGACUCCUGAAGGGACUACGAGUACGCCCGCCCACACAAGAAUUGGUUGAAAGCUAUCUGCGGGAGAUUGCAAAGGCAUAUGGCGUCGAAUGGCCUGGUGGAGAGGACUUGGAAAUCAGAGAAGAGCUCGGUGACGCCCCGCCAGAGUUUGUUGACGACGCUCAGGGUGAUGGAAAUGGAGACCAGACAGGCGAUACACCCCAGACUCCGAGGAAGCAAAGUGCAGACCCUGCAGCAAGACCGAGUCUCUCCGAGGCAAGACGGGCCUCGGAGACGAGCGAAUUGAAUAAGGCGACUCCUCCACGCGGCCCCGCUGCACUACAAGGGCGCAGUCCUGUCAGUGUUGCACCGCCAGCACCCAGGACUGAUAAUCUAAAUCCCCGGGUUAAGGUACCGGGAUCUGAAGAAGAUGGAGGGAGUGCUGCUAAGAAAGGUGGCAAGACCAAUAACGAUGGAAUCCCCGAGCUGGAUGAGUUGACGCGAAGAUUCGCGGAUCUGAAAAGAAAACCUUGAGGAUACAGCCUGCCGGUCAACGUCCUAGAAGUGUUGAUUGAUCUCUUAUGAAAUGUGCUUCCACGAUUUUCUCUUUUGCUUGAGUCGAGAGGAUCUAGUGGCAGCGCUUUGUUGGCAUCUCGGUCAAGGAGUUGCGGGAGUUUCUCUGAUUGCAAACUUGUUUUGACAAAGCCUGAUCUGUCGUUAUGCACCGUAUUGUUGUUUUUGAGUACAAGUUAGUCCUCAAUCUGCCUAGCCUUGCAUGAGUUAGCUGGGUCUGAAAUCGAACUCGACAGCUUCAACACAUCCGUCUGGCACCUUUACCUUCACGUCGGACGUUUUGAUAAUCGAAAGGGUGAUUUGAUAUGAAGCAAGAGGUAUCUAUCUCAGCCAUCCCGAAUGCCAAAUAUAGCAUUGUUUAGAAAUAAACCACUCUCGAUCUAUCCUGCAUCUAGGAUCUUAGAUCUACCGUUGCAAGAGGGGCAAUCUCAGAUCGAUGCGAUGGCAUCCAACCUUAAAAAGCG